GGCAAACGAUGCGGAAUAUUGUAGAGCUUUCAACCGAGACGACAUGCGUCUUCCACAAAGUCAACAUAGGAAACAAAUGCACGAGAAUUACAGUGUUACAGGAAGGAAGAGAUGUGGAAAGGGUAACAGGUAGAUCCCGGGAUUUUGGCUCGAUGAGAUCAUGGGUGCGCAGCGAUGGUGGGGGGAACCGGUGGGUACGUCCAGGGUUUGCCCUGAGAGGCGUUACCCUAGUUUCGACCCCGAACCCUAGACCCUGGAUGUGGGAUGCAGUGGACCACAGCUUGAGUUGUAGAGACUACACCUACAUCAACGGCAAGGGCGUGCGUUGCGCAGUCUCAACGGAAUACGGAAUUUACACGGGUGCGCGGCUCACUUUCGCCAAAUAAAACGUAUUUUAAACUAGUCAUCGUAUAGACGAGGUGUGACACACGGCCACAGCGAAUUGUUUUGAACGAACAACAAUCUCUGGGCCGAUGGCUCGACAACACACGUGUGAUUAUUAGCCUGUGCUCCAUCCAUCCAUCAGAUCACACCAGGAUAACUUGAAGCAGAGCACAACACAUAUCAAUUUAUAUAUAUAUAUAUAAUACGUAUAUAUCUACUCCACAGACAGUCUGCGAAGUGGUGGAAAAGUCGUACGAGGAUCGAGAGGAAGGGAAAUAUAUAAAUAUACAUAUAUAUACCUAUUAUAUUAUAAUAUAAUAAAAACAAGGCGAAUAGGGAGACACGUUCGAUUCGCAAUUUAUGUAACCCAACAACAGCUAUGUGGAAGUACCUUAUGAACUACAGUGUUAUAUGUGCUGCAAUAGUCUUGUGUUCAAAUUUGCCCAAUAACGAGUCCAGCGUGUGUUCGAUAAGGCAGUUUCAAUGUGAAAAUUUGAAAUGCAUCUCGAUGACAUGGACUUGUGACGGGGAAGACGAUUGCGGCGACAACUCCGACGAGAUCCCCAAGAAAACCUGCAACAGAACUUGCAGCUCCAGUGAGUUCCGUUGCGACAAUGGUAAAUGCAUACCAUCCCAUUGGCAGUGCGACUCGCAGAAGGACUGCAACGAUAGCAGUGAUGAAACAGAGCAUACUUGCAGGCAAAAGGUGUGCGGAGCCGAUGAGUUCACCUGCAGAACUGCACCUGGGGAAUGUGUACCGCUGAACUGGGUGUGCGACGACAACCCUGAUUGUUCCGAUGAUAGCGAUGAAAAAUCUUGCAAUGAAACGUGCAGAGCAGAUGAGUUCACGUGCGGAAACGGGAAAUGCAUCCCGCAGCGCUGGGUCUGCGACCUGGACAACGAUUGUGAGGAUAAGACGGACGAGAAGGACUGCGCCCCGGUGACAUGUUCUUCAGAGACUGAGUUUCAGUGCUCAGAAUACCACUGCAUCUCAAAACGGUGGAAAUGCGAUGGUGAUUCUGACUGUUUGGAUGGCAAAGAUGAGAUUGGUUGUGCGAAGACACAGCAUCAGUCAUUCUGCCUGUCGCAUGAAUUCGAAUGCGGAGAUCGCAUCACCUGCAUUCACAGGGCCUGGUUAUGUGAUGGUACGAAAGACUGUUUAGAUGGCACCGAUGAGUCCAAGGACCACUGCCAGAAUAUCACAUGCAGAAGUGAUCAGUUCCAGUGCGGCGAUAGGACAUGUAUUCCGGGACACAUGCAUUGCUCUGGUCAACCGGAGUGUACGGACGGCAGUGAUGAGAAGGAUUGCGAGGUCGUGCCACCUAGGUGUGAUCCUCGAAUACAAUUGGAUUGCGGGGAUAACAACUGCAUUUCGUUGUCCCAAGUGUGCGAUGGUAAGCAAGACUGUCCCGCCUGGGAGGAUGAACCUAGGGACCUCUGCGGGAAAAACGAGUGCCAGAUAAACAAUGGGGGCUGCCAACAAAAAUGCAUUGACACACCAGCUAGUUACUAUUGCGACUGUGAACCUGGCUACAAAUUGGCAGACAACAAAACAUGCAAAGAUAUCAACGAGUGCGAGAUUCCUGGAAGUUGCUCACAAGAUUGUAUAAAUGAUAAAGGCACGUAUAAAUGCGAGUGUCAGCAAGGUUACAUGAGGGACCCGAGGGACUUGACGAAGUGCAAGGCUACCGAAGGUCACGCUUCCUUAUUAUUCGCACGCAGAAGGGAUAUUCGUAAGAUCUCUCUAGACCAUCACGAGAUGACGAGCAUUGUGAAUGAGACCAACGCCGCGACUGCUUUGGAUUUCGUUUUCAGAACUGGUAUGAUCUUCUGGAGUGACGUGACUGACAAGAAAAUUUACAAGGCGCCAAUCGACGAGGGAAACGAACGCUCCGUGGUCAUAACCGAUGAUAUAACAACGUCAGACGGCUUAGCUGUCGAUUGGAUCUACAAUCAUAUCUACUGGACCGAUACAGGUCGUAAUACAAUUGAGUUGGCUAAUUUUGAAGGCCAGAUGAGAAAGGUCCUGAUCAAGGAUGAGCUCAAGGAACCAAGGUCCAUAGCGCUGAACCCCAUGGAUGGUUGGAUGUUUUGGUCGGACUGGGGCAGUGAGCCCAAGAUAGAGAAAGCAGGAAUGGAUGGAUCGCAUAGAAGGGCGAUUGUCUCUUACGAGGUGACCUGGCCAAACGGUCUCACUUUAGAUCUGGUCAAGGAGCGCGUCUACUGGGUGGACGCUAAAUUGAACGACAUAUCUUCAUGCGACUAUAACGGCCACGACCGUCGCGUCAUUCUGCACUCAACUGAAGCUUUAAGGCAUCCGUUCUCCAUCAGUACCUUCGAGGACUGGCUUUACUGGACCGACUGGGAUAAGUCUGCCGUCUUUAAAGCCAAUAAAUUUACCGGCAAAGAUCUGCAACCUGUGACAGCGACAGAGAUGAUACACAAUCCGAUGGUCAUUCAUGUGUAUCAUCCAUACAGACAACCCGACGGUGAAAACCAUUGCCAAGCUGUGAACGGCCACUGCUCUCAUCUAUGUUUACCAGCACCCAGGAUCAAUAUACACUCUCCACUUAUAUCCUGCGCUUGUCCAGACAGUUUGAGAAUGUUAACCGACGGAUUGACCUGCGUCCAAGAUGCAACAACAACAACCACUCAAAUUCCAGUCACCCACUAUAAUGAUAAUUUAGAAAUUGAAGUGACCACCGGCAGUACUACAAACAAAAACGGUUCUCUGAAUGUCGUUUCUGAAGGCUCCGACACUGGAAUAGUUGCUCUAAUCUCAAUUUUAGCUUUAGCGGGUGUUAUAUUUUUCGCUGGAAUUGGAAUUUACUUUAUUUACCGUCAAUAUAUGAACAGAAAUAGGACUUCAAUGAACUUUGAUAACCCAGUGUAUCGGAAGACAACAGAAGAUCAGUUCUCUUUGGAGAACAACUCCUUCAAACAGAAUCGAAUGUAUCCGAGUACCGUUGGUGAAGAGGCGGAAGAGCCACUUACGAAACAGACGAAUAGUACUGAAUUUGUAUGAAAGUACCUUAUAUGCUGCUCAUUUAUCCAAAGAUGUAUUAGAUAAAAAGAAUAUUAGCAUAGCAAUAAUUCUGGGAGUGCAUGGAAACACAAAAGAAACAUUAUAAGAAAGCAGCAUUUCACAUUCUUGUCUCGUUUUCUUUAACU